ACCACCACUAGCAGUACCACUACGAGCAGUAGCAGCACCACAAGUAGCAGUACGACGAGUAGUAGCAGUACCUCAAGUAGCACUACUACUACGACCACCAGUACCAGUACCACUACGAGCAGCAGUAGUACCACAAGCAGCACUACUACUACUACUAGCAGUACUUCAAGUAGCAUCACUAAUAUCACUACCACCACCACCACCACCAGUACAUCAAGUAGUACCAUUGUAA